UUUACAAGUCAAUAUAACUGACAGAGAAACAGUGCAAUAAAAAUGAGAGUAGGUUAGAAAUGGGGGAGUGAUUGUAGUGCAGCAUUAAUUCCAAAUUCCCAAAAAUCCCACAUUCGAAACUGUCACUCAGGUCCCAUUCCGUUUUUCUGUUCCGCUCAUUCUGUUAUAAAUUGCGAACCAAGAAAAGAAUGUAAUUAUUUUGCUUCAGCUCUUCACAAUUCGAAAUUUGGAAUGUGAUCUAAGUCCCUAUUGAGUUUUCAAAAACAGUUUCAGUUUCCAUAGUACAUAUAUAUAUUCAAUGGGCAACUUACACCGUAGGAAACCAAACGAUAGAGCUAGGCAAAUAGUCACGACGAUUAUUGGAAUCGUCAUUGGUUUUUUUAUAGGCAUAUCGAUUCCUUCUGCUUCAUUGAACAAGAUUAAUAUACCUUCAAACAUUAUAACAUCGCUUGAUGUAGCCAUCACUGACAUUCAUGGAUCCACAUCCACAUCCCCUAAAACCGAAUCGCUUGAAAAUGUCGGAUCCACCACGGUUCCUAAGAUACAUGUUUCAACAAAUCCUCGUGGUGCGGAGUCAUUACCUCCAGGAAUUGUUGUAGCAGAAUCUGAUCUCUAUCUACGCAGAUUAUGGGGUGAUCCAAAUGAGGAUCUGCAGAAAAAGCCAAAAUACUUGGUAACUUUCACUGUUGGUAUUGAUCAGAGAAAUAAUAUUAAUGCAGCCAUCAAAAAGUUUUCUGAGGAUUUCAUGAUUAUGCUUUUUCAUUAUGAUGGUCACACAAGUGAAUGGGAUCAAUUUGAGUGGUCCAAACGUGCAAUCCACAUAAGCGUAAGGAAACAAACAAAAUGGUGGUAUGCAAAAAGGUUUUUGCAUCCUAAUGUUGUGUCAGCUUUUGAAUAUAUCUUUAUAUGGGAUGAAGAUCUUGGAGUCGAACACUUCAAUGGAGAUAAGUACAUUGAGUUGGUUAAGAAACAUGGUUUGGAAAUCUCUCAACCUGGUCUUGAGCCCAAUAAUGGACUAACGUGGGAAAUGACAAAGAGGAGAGGUGACAGAGAAGUUCACAUGGAUACAGAGGAGAAGCCAGGCUGGUGUAAUGACCCACAUUUGCCUCCUUGUGCUGCGUUUGUGGAAAUUAUGGCCCCAGUAUUUUCUCGAGAAGCUUGGCGAUGUGUGUGGCAUUUGAUUCAGAAUGAUUUGGUGCAUGGAUGGGGAUUGGAUUUUGCUCUCAGAAGAUGUGUAGAGCCUGCACAUGAAAAAAUUGGUGUGGUUGAUUCACAGUGGAUUGUUCAUCAAGUAAUACCUUCUCUAGGGAGCCAGGGGCAGUCCGAGGAUGGGAAAGCUCCGUGGGAAGGGGUGAGAGCUAGGUGUAAAAAUGAGUGGGCUGAGUUCCAGUCUCGUCUCACCAAUGCAGAUAAGGCGUAUCUUGCUCAGUAUGGGAAGGAGUAACUUUGACGAACACCGCCUUUCCAUGUUCUUUUUUUGUUCUUCUUUUGUACAUGUUUUUUUUUUCUCUUUUUUAUUUUUUGGGUUGCCUUGGGUGUUGUUUACGAGCUCAGUUCUUCUGUUCAUGCGAUUUUAUUCUUUUUCUUUUUCUUUUUUUUUGCUCAAGAUGGUAGGCUCAUUUUUCUGAAGCCCGGAUCUUCUGUAUUUUAUAGACAGCCGUAGUUAUAUAAGAAAAUAAAAAUUUACAUUCUUUUCGUA